AUGCUGGGUUUGCGAACUCAUGCUAUAGACAAAUAUGAGGAUUAUGUCCGUCGUCCGUCGGAUUUUGGCAAGCUUGAGUUGCAAGAUUGGUUAAAUAAGAAGACGUUCCGAGUUUCGCCAAAUUUACUGAUUGAAUCUGGAUCUACACGUGAGUGGAACGAACCUGAACUGUUUUAUCAGAAGGUAGAUGGUCCUGGUACUUGGGUUAGGCCUUGUAAGGAAAUAAAGCUGGAACCCUCGCUGAUGAUGCUGAGGUAUCAUGACUCGAACAUUGGUCAAAUACCUCAGUUCUGUUAUCCAAUUACCAGUCCGGUGGACUUCAAGCCACUAUUAAAAUAUAUUUCACAAGAACGCACCGAUUUGUCGAACCGUUUUCCUCAGAGGUACAGCAGCCUGAUAAAUAGUCUCUUUGACGUCGACAGAAACCCGGAGACUCUAGACGACUCAGACAUAGAAGCAUUAGAUGACACAAGAAUUUGCAGUGAUAGUGACGAGGAACCCAAGGAGUUGAAAAUUGAAUUAGAAUCAUUAGAAGAGAUACAGCAGAAACACUCCAGUUUGAUAGUAUCUAACAAUGGAAUUUUUCAAACUGGUAAUACAUCAAUUACAAACAUACGGCACGGCAUAGCCGGUAGUAUAGCUAUUAAACCAAAUAAUGUAGCAAGCUUAAUCUUGCUUACUCAACCAAGUGGACAUUUAUUAUCCCUUUUACCAUUAAAUGACGCAAAAGAGACGUAUUUGCUACAAUAUUGGAAUCUAGGAAAGAAAGGCCUGUGGAGUAUAAUUAAACAUCAAAACGAGAGACAGUUUGUUCUUAUACAUAAGGAAUUGGGUAUUUGCAAGUUUUUUGAAUUUCACUUACCAUUUACUUUUCAAUUAGUGAACAAUCUAACAUUGACAGAUUCAGUGAUCAUGAAUGGUUCAUUUUUCCCCACUAUUUAUUCUGAUUUCGAUCCCUAUUUUAUUAUUUUUAUAACAGCUAUAAGGUACGACAGAAUUGUCUAUUUUGUGAUAGAGUGGAAUAAUAACGAAAUAAAGAAAAAGGAAGUCUAUCAGUUAACUGUGUUUGAUGGUGAAAAAACCAAUAUGACAGUUCCCAUUGGAUUAAAUGCCUGUCUUGUCGAAACGCCGCUGAAGUUUUCGCUGGUCUCUGCAAAUCAAAUUAUGUCAGGAGAAACGGAAUUUCGCUCAUUCCAACUUAAAGCUUUAAAGGGAAUUAGAUCAUUCUUUCCGGCUCCUUUAUUACUAUCAAAAUUACAAGAACUAGAUCCGGAUGCAUUUGGAAAAUUUCAAUAUUGUACCGUAAUAUCCUCCUCAACAGGGAAUAUUUGUUUUUGUGUCACUGAACGAUCAACAAUAAUAAAUGGUAAUUUGAAAUUUUACGAGCUCACGAGAUUCAAAGGCUUAAAAUCUAUAUCACCAUUACCUUCAAAUAAAACAAAUUUAGACUCCAAGUCUGGGAGCUAUACAUUAAUAGUGAUAAGCUUUAGCAGAACUUUAGAGCUAACUUUAACUUUGAAAGAUUUAAGAUGCUUGGAUACAAGAGAUGUUAUCAAGCCCCUGAGAAAUAUCACCUUCAAGCACACGGUUGACAGCUCAACAGAGGAAAACUCUCAAAUUUUGGCAUUUACAUGUUCUAAAAUUUAUAACACACAUACAAGCUCCAAUAUAAAUGAUUCAAGGAAUUCUCAGGUUUGGCUAACAUCACCGAACGCGAUUACUCAGCCCUGUAUUGACUAUAAACUAAGGAAGCUUCAUCAAAUUGUUCAUUUGAAGCAGUUUCAGAUUUUUAAUCAUUUGAAGAUUUGGAAAUGCAAAAAUCUUAGUUUUACUCUAUUGCAUAGGCUAGGAAUAAAACGACCGAAGACCGAAAGUUCAUUGAUCUUUGCGACUGAUGCAACUUCUAAUAACAGAACGUUUUUAUUAGAUUUAACCAUGACAACAACUGUUGAAGAUGAUGAACCUGUUCAAGGAUUGAUAAACAUAGAAGAUUUGCUAUGUGAAACUGAAAAAGAAACUAUUUUUUUGGAUUUUACGAAGAAAAACUUGAUUCAAGUCACUAGAGAUACGAUUUACAUUGAUCCUAUUGAUGGUUAUAGAAACCUGUUCAAAAUUUCCCCCGGCUGGGAAUUUGAAAAUACAGCAUACAAUGACGGUAUUUUGCUUGUUUGGAAUACUAAGAUAGGCCAUAUCUCUUAUAUCAAGAAUGUAGAUGCAGUUGAUGAGGCUAACACUGCUAUACAACCUUUAAUCAAUAGCAAAGUCAUGGGCAUGUUUCUCAAGCAGUUGGGUACGGGUACUGCUGCUAAUAUAGGUUUUAAGAUUAAGAGGUCUAUGGAUGAUCCCAUAAAAUAUGACAUUUGGAUACUUUUGCCGGACAAAAUUAUUUGCACACCAUUUUCCAGCUGGAUAAAUGACACAAUAGACUUUUCCAAAGAGUAUAACUUUAACAUCCAGCGAGCGUUAAUCAAUGGCUCUCAUUUUUGUGCUCUUGAUCAUGAAUCAUUCUUUGAAACAUAUAGCUUUGAAGAAAAUCAUAUUAAAGAAGGAUCCGUAUGUACGAGCAGAAUUAACUUUCAAGGUAAAGACAUCAAACUUAAAAGUUUCGGCGAGGACCAAUGUUUGGCAUUUAGUGCGUUUGAAAUUUUCGUCAUUAAUUUAGUAUCAAAUUCCCAAACUAAAGAAUUAGACUUUUACAAGCUGAAACUACCACAUCUAGGGAAUUUCAACUCUAUACUCGAAGUUUGCCCAGAUGUUGAGAACAACCAGCUGUUUAUACUAUAUUCUGAUGGCCUAAGAAUCUUCGAACUAUCAUAUUUGACCUCAAAUAAUGGAAAUUUUUUAUUAAAAUCCACAAGAAGUAAAAACAAGAAAUUUUUAUAUUUAGACAAAAUAAAUCGAAUGCUGGUACUAAACCAAGAUUUGAGAGAAUGGGAGUGUAUCAGACUAUCAGAUGGUAAGGCAGUUGGCUUAGAUUCUCGAUUUCUUAAAGACGAUUCUGAGGAAAUUCUAGAAAUAAAGGAAAUACCGAUAGCGAUCGAAAAUACCUCAGAAAAAAGAACAGUAUUGCUAAUUUCACUCACUAGUUCACUUAGAUUGGUUUUGUUAACUGCCGCCAAGAACAAAAUCUCUAAUGAGAUAAUAGAUUCUUAUGAACUUGAAAAUUCAAGGCUUUUGGAUCAUUUGGUCGUUACUCCUCAAGGUGAAAUAUUUGUUCUAGAUUAUAAAGUUAUGGGCACCGACAAUGAAAUGUCCUUUAACAAGUUCAAAGUAACGUAUAGUUGCAGUGAUAAUAAUACGGAAAAUAACAAAAACUUACAAAUUACCCUUGAAAAACGGUUUACAUUUAAGAGCUGGAGCACGGUUAAAACGUUCACGGUUGUAGGUGAUAAUAUUAUUGUUAGUACGAACCUAGGCCAGAAGCUCUACCUUAUUAAGAAUUUCUCAUUGUCCUCCAACGAAUCAACAAGAGUGUAUCCUUUAGAGAUAUAUCCAGACUCUAAAGUUCAAAAGAUAAUACCACUGAAUGAAUGCUGUUUUGUUGUUGCCGUUCAUUGCGGCAAUAGAAACGAUUUGGAUUCUAGAUUAGUCUUCUAUUCCUUACCCACAAUCAAAGUUGGACUCAACAAUGAAACAGACGGUCUACCAGACGAAUACGGAAAUGGGAGAGUUGAUGACAUAUUUGAGGUUAAUUUCCCGGAGGGUUUCCAAUUUGGUUCGAUAAGUUUGUAUGAUGUUUUACAUGGAGAAAAGCACAUAAAUAGUUUGAAUGAUGGCUCAGCGCUCGGUAAGAAUGAACUAGAGAAGGCGCUUAGUGAGCGUAACAAAUUAUUGCUAUUUUGGCGUAACCGCUCCGCAACGCCAAAACCUCCACUACAAAGAGCCACCACGACAGUUUAUGAAGAGCAUGUUUCGUCCCGUCAUUUCGAAGAUAUAAGUUCCAUAUUGGGAAGUGCUGCAAUGAGAACCAAGAGAUUAUCUCCAUACAACGCGAUAGCACUGGACAAGCCAAUCCAAGAUAUUAGUUAUGACCCAUUUGUACAGACGUUAUAUGUGCUAAUGGCGGAUCAAACCAUCCAUAAAUUUGGCAAGGAUAGGCUUCCUUACCAAGACGAAUACGAACCAAGAUGGAAUUCAGGAUAUUUAUUUUCAAGAAGAUCACUCAUCAAACCUGACCUCAUCUGCGAGGCCGGGCUAUGGAACCUUAGCGACGAUAGAGGGGACACCGUAUAG